AUGGAGCUGUCCACACUGCCCGGUGCUGGAGCCGACUCCGAAUUCUUCUUCAACAGCAGCGACUCGCCCUGGGGUCCCUUCCCCAACGAGAGCUUCAACCACACGGGGCUGCCCGGGGCCAAGGACCCCACCUCCAUCGUCAUCGCCAUCGCCAUCACCGCCCUCUACUCGGUGGUGUGCGUGGUGGGGCUGCUGGGGAACAUCCUGGUCAUGUACGGCAUCGUCAGAUACACCAAGAUGAAAACGGCCACCAACAUUUACAUCUUCAACCUGGCCCUCGCAGACGCCCUGGCGACGAGCACGCUGCCCUUCCAGAGUGCCAAAUACCUGAUGGAGACCUGGCCCUUUGGGGAGCUGCUCUGCAAGGUGGUCCUUUCCAUCGACUACUACAACAUGUUCACCAGCAUCUUCACACUGACCAUGAUGAGUGUGGAUCGCUACAUUGCCGUCUGCCACCCGGUCAAGGCCCUGGACUUCCGCACCCCAGCCAAAGCCAAGAUCAUCAACGUCUGCAUCUGGGUCCUCUCCUCUGUGAUUGGCGUGCCCAUCAUGGUCAUGGCUGUGACCAAGUCAAAAGAUGGGAUCGUGCUCUGCAUGCUCCAGUUCCCUGACCCCGCCAUGUACUGGGACACGGUGACCAAGAUCUGCGUGUUCAUCUUCGCCUUCAUGGUGCCCAUCCUGGUCAUCACCAUCUGCUACGGGCUCAUGAUCCUCCGCCUCAAGAGCGUCCGCCUCCUCUCGGGCUCCAAGGAGAAGGACCGCAAUCUGCGUCGCAUCACCCGCAUGGUGCUGGUCGUGGUAGCGGCCUUCAUCAUCUGCUGGACGCCCAUCCACAUCUUCGUCAUCGUCUGGACGCUGGUGGACAUAGACAAGAAGAACCCCUACGUGGUGGCCAGCUUGCACUUCUGCAUCGCCCUGGGUUACACCAACAGCAGCCUCAACCCCGUCCUCUACGCCUUCCUGGACGAGAACUUCAAGAGGUGUUUCCGUGAGUUCUGCCUGCCCUUCCGGUCCCGGAUGGAGCAGAACAGCUUCUCCCGAGCGAGGACCACCACCCGGGAGCGCGUCUCCACCUGCACCCCUUCCGAAGCCCUCAAUAAGCCGGCAUGA